GAAAACUUUUUUUGUAUUUCUUUCUCUUUAAUCCAAUAGCAAACUCAGAGUUACAAUAACCAUGCUUUCUAGAUUAACGACACAAGCUAUCAGACUUUAUAGUCAACGUAACUUGGCUACCUUACCUUCUUCUUUUGUAAAUAGAUCUAGAUCAAACUUGGCACAACCUUUAUUCAAACAUACACCUGUACAUGGCUUUAAAACUAUUCCUUAUUCCCUAUUGCAUACCGUUAGCGUAAACAAGGCUAACGCUACCGAGCUAUUAAAAGAAGAGACAACGAUCGAACCCAUAGAAGAAAAGAAACGAUUCGAUAGCAUUGAUACACUCCAACUGAGCACACAAAAGGCUAUUCAAAGAAUAUUUAAAUACCAAGAAAUGUCAUCAGUUCAAGAAGCUGUAUUAUCUAGACUCCCCAACCAAGAUGAUAUGUUUGUCAAGGCCAAGACAGGUACAGGCAAGACACUCGCUUUCUUGAUUGCUGCUUUAGAGACGGCUGUUGCAGGACAAAAGCCAACACAGUGGAAGCAUUUUGAUGGCGCAUCAAUUCUGAUCAUCUCACCUACUCGUGAACUUGCCAGCCAGAUUGCGGACGAAGCUAACAAAUUGACUGCUUUUUAUCCUUUCAAAGUACAUUGUCUUGUAGGCGGUGAAAGCAAAAGAAGACAAAUCAGUAACUUGGAACGUCAACGAGCCGAUAUUAUUGUUGCCACACCCGGUCGUCUCUAUGAUAUGCUAUCAUCCGUUCCUCGCUUCAAAAAGAUGUGUCAAAACUUGAAAGUACUUGUUCUGGAUGAAGCCGAUCAACUAUUGGAUAUGGGAUUCAAGCAGGAAUUACAAAACAUCUUGACAGAGAUUCCCGAGAAGCGUCAGACCAUGCUUUUUUCUGCCACGAUCUCUCCUGAAAUUCGAAAGAACCUCGGUGACUUUGCCUUGUCCCCUGAUUACAAAUUGAUCGAUACCGUGGGUGAAAACGAAGUACAUACACAUAUGCACGUCAAGCAAGGUGCCAUCGUGGCUCCCUAUCAAAAGCAAUUUGCCCUUAUUCAUGACGCACUUAACAACAAGGAAUCAGCACAAAGCGGUAAGGUGAUUGUGUUUUUGCCUACAACUAAAGCCACCAUGCUGUAUGCCCAGAUCUUCAAAAAGCUCUUACCUGAUCGCGAUGUGUAUGAAUUGCACUCUAAAAAGACACAGUCCUCUCGAUCAACUAUUGCUCAAAGAUUCCGUAAGUCAUCCAAGGGAUCCAUCUUGUUUACCUCGGAUGUCUCUGCUCGUGGUGUCGAUUACCCUGGUGUAUCUCUUGUCGUACAAGUCGGUGUACCAUCCACAAGAGAGCAAUAUAUUCAUCGAUUGGGACGUACAGGUCGUGCCGGAAAGGAUGGCGAGGGUUUGAUAUUUUUGGCUCCCUUUGAAAAGAAGUUCUUAAAGACUGAAUUAUCAGAUCUCCCUAUUGAACAAGUGAAUACAGCAUUGGAUGAAGUUGAAGAAGAACGAUUAAAUAACGAACUUUCCAGAGUGGUGAGCUACGUGGAUCAUGAAAGUGUUAGAGAAAUGUAUACCGCAUAUUUAGGAUACUAUGCUGGCAGAUUAAGCUCAAUGGGUAUGAACCGUAGAAUAGCCGUGGAUGAAGCAAAUAACUUACUUGAUGCUCUUGGUGUUCAAGACAAGCCUCAUCUCAGUGAAAGAUUCUUGGCACAAAUCGGCAUUGGAAGCAGUAGAGAAGAUGGUGGAUUCCAGAGAAGAAAUAACUUCAGAGGAGGUAACUUUGAAAGAAAGAGCUUCAACAGAAGAGAAGAUAGCUUUGACCGAAGAAACUACAACAAGAGAGACGACGGAUUUAACAGAAGAAACAGCUUCAAAGAAGAUCGAUUUGAAAGAAAAAGCUUUUCCAGAGAAGACAGAUUCCCCAGAGAUAAUAAAUUUGAAAGAAGAAGCAGUUUUGGAGAAGAUAAGUCUCAGCGUCAACAAAAUCGAUGGAGUCAAAGGGGCAGUAGUAGAAAAUAUGAAUAAAAAAAUUAGAGCUCUUGAUACCAAGCGCAUUUCCUUAUAGAAACGUACUUUUCACAUUAGCCAUUUGUGUUCCUAUGACGAGCUUAAAAAUAUCUCUGGUCUAUCUUGUACAUUGACUUGCCAACAAAGAAAGGAUGGCGCGUUUCAGUCCAUCCCAUAUACAACAGAAUAAUAGAUCUCUAAAUAUUUGGCUAUUUUUUUGUAUCUCUAUAUAUUUAAUACAG